UAUCUCAGGUAAAUAAACACUGUGUUGAAGGAUCCGAAAGUCAGUGACCAACUGAUACCACGUGAUCUCUUCGAUAGAUCCCUGAAACUCACCGCAAUGCGCAGUUAACAUAACAGUUGAUAACACCAGCGUGUACUAGCUAGUGCUGGAAUAUGGAAGCGAAAUAUCUAUUACGCACGCAAGGUGAAACAUUGAUAAUACAGAUGCGUAUAUUAUUCGACAAGUGAAGACGUGUUCAGAAAACUUUACAAGAUGCGGAAUAUAGAUAGUGGCUGGGCCUGGAUGGUCAUGAUGGCAGCCUUCGGUAGUCAGUUUGUGACAGCAGUGUUAAGUUACGGUGUUGGUGUGCUGCACAAUGCAUUUCUGAGUGAAUUUAAGGAAAACUUGACACUAACAGCACUGGUCGGAUCAGUAUUUGCAAGUCUCCUUAGUCUUCUAGGUCCUUUAGUGAGUUUUGUCAUCAACAAGUGGAGUUGUAGAGUAGCGGGCAUAAUUUCAGGAAUUUGCCUUUUUACGGGACUGGUUUUUAGCGUCUUUGCUCCUAAUCUUAUCACUUUGAUAUUCACUUUUGGUAUUGUUGCAGGUAGUGGGCUUGGAUUCAGUGCAAUAACUUCUGUUAUUGUAGUUGGAUAUUCCUUUGAGAAAUACCGUGGAUUAGCUGUUGGUUUAAAUGUGGCCGGAGCGGGUAUUGGGAUGUUCGUUGGUGGCCCUUUAAUUCAGUUCCUGAUUGACCAAUAUGGACUGAGAGGAGCUCUGCUAAUGUUAGGAGCUUUCGGAAGUCACAACGUCGUCUUUGGUGCUUUGAUGAGGCCAACUGAAAUUGAAAUGUCACACAAGCACUUAGGAAAGGCUUUAUCAGAAAAGAAAAACAUUUCUAAUUUUCGUUGUGACAUUCUCAGGGAAAAAUCUUUUCUUUGCAUUCUUAUAUCAGCAUUUCUGUGGAAUGUACCGUACACGAUUUUGUACCUUUAUCUGCCACGAUUUUCAGUUGUUAACGGUGCCACGGAAAUGGAGGCUGCCUCGCUGAUUACAAUGUUAGGACUGGGGAGUACCCUUAAUAGACUCUUAGCUGGACUGAUUUUAGGUCCAGGUGGAAUAGAUCCUCUACUUCUCAACUUUGGUUUUCAGGGAAUAUUUGGUCUUGCAACUGUCACCUUCCCAUUUUAUUGUACUAAUUACAUGGGGCAAACUAUUUACGCUUUUAUUUCUGGUAUUUAUAGCGGAGGAUUAAUUGUCCUUAUAAACCCUCUCUGUUUAGAAAUAGUUGGCAUCUCUCAGCUGUCAACAGCUGUGGGGGUAUAUUUUACGUGGUCGGGAAUUGGUUGUAUUUCAGCAGGACCCUUUGCAGGGCUUUUGAUCGAGAAUGGUUUUACGUAUGAAGGUGUAUUUUUUCUGUCAGGUUCAAUGUGCCUUUUAGGGGCUUUUUCUACUCUGUGUGCAUCUCUGUGGUACAACACAAUAAAUCAAGAAGAAAAAGCUGUCUCCUUUGUGGACUUCAAAGAAAGCCGUUUUCUUUCCGGAUCAGCAUAUUUUUCUGGAUCUUUCACUGUUAUUGUUGAUGCUGAAAACAGGCAGAAAUUUAAGAAAAGCUCCGAAAGUGUUGCCAGAACAUCAAAUGGUAUCCCGAGCAUGGAAAGUCUUUUCAUGGGCACACAUUCACUGCUUGGAGGUAGAAAUUCCCAUACAGAGGAGAGAUCUUCUAUACUAAUACAUGGAAAUUUUACACCAAGCUCAAAUCGAAAAUGGUUGACAAUUCCUGGUCAAGGUAUAAACCACUCGCAGGAAGGCUUACAAAUUCAGGAAAUUAGACUGCUACAUAAUGAUGACACAGACAGCUGAUGUGAUUUAAUACAGAACUCAUUUCAAUAUCUGGAAAAUAAAAAUAUAUGCAAUUCAAACGAAAACACCACUUCCGUACCUUGACAGGAGUGUCUAUGCUUUGAUUUCUUCUGAUUUUCUUGUAAUAAAAUGUUUGACUACAUAAAGGAACAUUUUAAAAACUUAUUAUGAUCGAAAUUGACCAUUAUAUUCUUGUUGAACAUGGGUAUUUGGAGUGACAAGAGAUCUUAAGAAUGAUAUAUUGAUGAGAAAGGCAUUGUUUGUGAAAUUUUAAUCAAAAUUUAAUAUAAGUUAUAAAAUGAGAAUAAAUG